CAUAUGGCAUUGUUAGUCCUUUUCCGAGGAGUCGAAAGAGAAAACCAAAAAAAACCAGGCACCACCCUUGUGCGGACCACGGCCCCCCGCCGCCGCCGCCGCCGCCGCCGCCCGAACCCGGCGGUGACUCGCGAGCGCGCACUUCUUCCACCAUCCGCCGCUGCAAAACCCGGCGGUGGUGAAUGAAUGCUGACCGCUCCGUUUCGUGGUGGCAAUCCAGCUUCCCUCGCGAGCUCGGUUCCGAUCGGACGCUUCCGAGGCACCGCGACCCGCAACCGCUCGCCGUCUCCGACCCUCUCGAUGCAAGGCGGAGCGCCGGCGGAGGCCGACGGCGGCGGCGGCGAGGAGAAGGUCCACGUCCACUACGACCACCUCCUGCCCUCCAAGUACGCGCGGUGGACGGCGAGGGAGAGCUUCGACUUCAUGCACGACAGGCCCUGGCAAGAAGUUCGGGACUUCUACUCCAAUGUCAUCAAUGGGCGGUCGUCGGUUUCCGAGCUGUUCGGGACCGAGAGAUCUCCUGUUCAUGAUGAUACAAAAAUUCCAGAGACUUGUGAGAAGUCUGGACUAGACAGUCUUCCAGGAGGGAAUAGGUCUGGAAGAUGGGAAAGAAGAACAUAUAAGAUUGUCCUUUCUUAUCAUGGUGGUUCUUUUGAUGGUUGGCAAAAGCAGCCUGGCUUAAACACCGUCCAGGGCUCAAUAGAAAGAUCUCUAGGGGAGUUUGUGGAUGAGAAGAAAGCUAAGCUCCUAAAGGACAAGUCCUUGCCGGUGGAGGGCUGUGCUUUGGUUGCUGGGCGUACCGACAAAGGAGUAACGGCUUUGGGGCAAGUCUGUUCAUUCUAUACAUGGAGAAAGGAUGUUGAACCUCAACAUAUUGAACUCGCCGUUAAUACUGCAGCACCAAGGAGACUCAGGGCUUUAUCUGUUUCUGAGGUAUCACGUUCAUUCCAUCCCAAUUUCUCUGCAAAGUGGAGGCGCUAUUUGUACAUAUUUCCUUUCAAGGAUGGAGAAAAUGGGGAGCCAAGCGAGGGGACUAAGGAGAAUGUUAAUAGUGCAUUCAGAAGCAAGGGAUUCGGGAAUGAUAUUGGUAAUGAGGAUCUUCGGAGUUUAAACUUAUCUGAUAAGGAUAAUGUUUUUGAAGGUGGAAAUAAACAAGUGAGCUUUGAAGUUAGUCGGGUGAAUCAAUUUUUGCAGCUUCUAGAAGGGAAAUUACUGUCAUACAAGAUGUUUGCUCGAGAUACUAAGGCUUCAAGAAAUAUUGGCCCACCAACAGAAUGUUUCCUGUAUCAUGCUCGUGCUGCUUUGGCCAGAUUAAAAGGCACGGAUCACCAAGAAGGAAGAAAAGUUAUGUGCAUUGAGCUGGUUGCUAAUCGAUUCCUUCGGAAGAUGGUUCGGGUUCUUGUUGCGACAUCAAUAAGAGAAGCAGCGGCAGGUUCGGAGGAGGAUGUGUUGAUGAAGCUGACGGAUUCAACAUGUAGACGUGCGACUGCUCCUCCAGCUCCUCCUGAUGGCCUGUGUCUCGUUGAUGUCGGGUAUACAGAUUUCAGUCCGAAAAUUUGCCUCAUUAAGGGAUCUUGAACUUCGUAUCCGUGCUGUGUCAUGAAUUAACCAAACUAUUCUUGAUAUAAACAGACAUUUUUGUCUUCCAUUUUCCCUGCAAUCCCUGCGGUUUUGGACUGAUAUUUGCCAGUUUUGAUCCUAUCAAAUUGUCAUGCUUCAUAGGAUUGUCGACUAAGGGAAUGAGUCAUGUGGGAACCAUCAUUGAAAUUGAUUUUUAGGUAGUUCGGACAUAUGACUUUACUAGA